UUAUUUUUGGAAAGUACGAGGAAUUGUUGGGAUUGGGAUACAGAAUCCAAACAAUUAUUGAAAUUUGAUAUCAGAGAGUCGUUGGAUUCGUCCAAAAACGCACUAAACGCACUAAACGAAUAAAGCGAUUUCACGUUUUCUUGGUUUCGCGAAACGGUCUCACUGCCAAAGUGAAGCCCCAAUUCGUGGGCUCUGCAUAUAUUUUUAAAGAACUGCGUAAUAUAUAUAAACGAUGUCCGAAGAUAGCGACUAUUUGUUUGCCCCCCGUCUAAGCUAUGAACUGAACGGAGGGGACGCCACACAACAUCAGAGUCAGCGAGACUCCCAGCCAUCAAAAUCGGAAGCAUCGGAAGAAGCUGACUAUUUGUUGGCUGUCAAGCUUCAGUCCGAGGAACAAAAUGAGGGCGCCGAUGGCGACCUGGACGGCAGCAUCCAGUUUGUUUAUCCAUCAAAAAAGGAUGUAAAGAAUACGUUGCCCAAGAGCUCGCCAAAGCCUAAGCCAGGCCGAACAAGUGCUGUGAGCAGAGCUGAGGACUACCUGAAUCAGACCAGCAAUCUGGUACAUGACGACUGGGAGAUUCUGGAUUCCACGCCCAACAUCUUCUCCAUGUUCGUGCGCUUUGACGAAAAGUUCUUUCAGAGGCGUCUGGGCGCCGUCGUCCUGGAGUGGAGCAAGCGCAUGUAUACGUGUGCUGGGAUUUGCUAUCUUCGCAGCAACAGAUACACCAAGGAGAUUACAAUCCGGCUAAGCGAGCCGCUUCUCAAGCUACGUCCUCGCAAGGACCUCGUAGAAACUCUUCUGCAUGAAAUGAUCCAUGCCUAUUGCUUUAUACAGAACAUACGCGAGGGCAACGGCGGCCACGGUCCGAAUUUCAAAAAAAUCAUGACUACCAUAAACCAGGUGGCCGGGACUAACAUCACCGUCUAUCAUACCUUUCACGAUGAGGUGGAAAUGUAUAAGACUCACGUCUGGCGCUGCACGGGCAUCUGUCAGAGCCGUCAUCCUUUCCGCGGCUGGGUUAAACGCACCUCGAACCGCCCCCCAGGCCCCAAUGAUCAGUGGUGGGAGAAGCACACGCGCGAUUGCGGCGGAACGUUUAUGAAAGUUAGCGAGUAUAUCGUCAAUCCGCCCGCCAAGAAGCAGGCCAUCGACUCAAACGUAGCCAAUGGUCUGCUAUCCAACUUGGUCGGUAGCGUUCCGUCCACCUCGUACCCGGGACAGUCUCGCAAUCCAUUUGCCAUGCCCACCAGCAGCAAGCCGCCGACCAAGUCCAAUGUCGUGGACCAGAAGGAAAACAAAGCUAAAACGGCCAAAGAAAACCUCUUGACUGGCGAAGGCUACACUUUGUCCGGGUCCACAGCUGCGGGUGGCUCCACUACUAGAAAUUCCGACUUCGUGCGUAAUGUUUGGCAGAAGCGCUUUGAGAAUAAGCCAACUAAAGAGGCGCAGGAAGAGACCGAGAAAAGCACUGGAAAGCGUCCCCAUAGCUACGUUGAUGGUAGUCCUAUUCUGUCCUGGGAGUCAUAUGAUGAGGACGUUUUGAUUGCAUAUGAUAUUACGCCCACAGUUUUGAUCCUGAGCAGCGAUGACGAAAGGGACAAUGAUAACGAGGAAAAAAAGAAGACUGAAAACGAAUACGUCAAGAACUCAACUUUAUUUUCAAGUGGAAUAAGCAGUCAGGAGAGGACGCGCAAGAUCAAGGAAGAGGUAAUGUUCGACGAGUCCCAGGAUUUUGGCGAAGAUGAUAUCGUUCUUAUUGACGAUGAGUACGAUGACGAGCAGAACCUUGAUAGCAGUCUUAUAGCGGCCACUCAGUUGGCCGACCAGUCCGUCAUAGACGACUUUUUUGGGGUGGAUACCCUGCUGGCAGAGUUCCAUCUGGAGAAAGAUGCCGUGCCGACUACGUCGCGGGCCACGAAAGAUUUAAACAACGAUAUUGUCAUAUGCCCUAUCUGCUUUGGCAGAAUUAAACGUUCGCAACUGUCGAAUCAUUUUGAAGGGUGCUUCAUCACCAACAAAGAAGAACCGCCCUCCUUCAAGAAGAAGCUGCCAAAGACUAACAGGACGAUGAACGCCCAGAGGCCAUCGACAGCUAUAACUUCAGGAAAAGGAAAGCGCUCAGCCACAGGGGGUAAACGAGCCUCCUCAAAGCAAGUAUUGCGAAACGCUGGCUACACCGAGGAGGAGAUGGCCCCGCUGAACUUGAGUAGCUCUAGUGAUUCGGCCCAGAAUGGGACAAGCGAGGAGGAAAUGCCACCGCGCCAGAUGCGUCAGCGGAAUCUCUUUAAAAAGACUAUUACAUGCCCCAAGUGCGGCCUGGAAUACCUCGGCCACCAUAUGGAGGCCCAUUGCGUCCUCUGCGCCGGAAAGCGCCGCCGCUAAUAUACUUUGUUACCUAAUAAUAUUCCAUAUAUCUAAUCUAAUAUUUCCAUAAAUCAUACAUUGAAUGUUAUGCUCCUUACUUAAUUGGAACACAUUUUUUUUUUUUUUUCGUUUUCUCCCUACGUUAAAUAAAUGAACAAAAGCAUUAAGA